CAGCUGCGUGCACGGCGGGGGCACGUCUCCGGACGGUUCCGCGCGCGCUGUUCCGCGUGCAGCUCCCCGAGCAGCGCGGGAAGCGGCCGAGCGCUUCGUUGUCGCCUCCGCCGCCGAGGUGGUGUAUCUCCUCGCGCGGGCGCCCCGAGCGCGGCGCCAUGGAGGUGGUGGAGGCCGCCGCCGCUCAGCUGCAAACUCUGAAAUUCGGUGGCGUCGGGGUUGACCAAGGUCUGGCUGUGCCGGCUCCGGACCCCGCUCCGGUCGCAGCACCGGGGGCGGACGAGGGGGCCCCGGACCUUGCGGGGGAGCAGCCGCCUCAGCUCGCCACGCCGUCGCUCCCGGAGCCGCAUCCCGGAGGGAGCAGCCUGGAGACGUCGGACUCCGACUCGGACUCCGACUCGGACAGUGAAACAGAUUCCGAUAGUUCAAGCUCCUCUUCUUCCUCAUCAUCAUCCUCAUCGUCUUCGUCCCGUAUAGCCCUCCCUGCAGUGCUGUCAGAUGGAGAAGAUGAUUUACUAGUUGAGAAGGAAAAUAAGAAUUUUCCUCUUAAAACAAAAGAUGAGUUACUUCUGAGUGAACUACCUACUGUUGAAGAACUCACUAUUGUUCUGCCUGAAGGUAUUGAAUUAAAGCCUCUUGGGAUGGUUUCAAGUAUUAUUGAACAAUUAGUAAUAAUUGAAUCUAUGACUAACGUACCUCCAGUUAAUGAGGAGACUGUAGUUUUUAAAAGUGAUCGACAGGCAGCAGGAAAGAUAUUUGAGAUAUUUGGCCCUGUUGCGCAUCCAUUUUAUGUGUUACGGUUUAAUUCUUCAGAGCACGUUGAGAAUAACAGUAUUAAAAUAAAGGACACUAUGUAUUUUGCUCCAUCAAUGAAAGACUUCACCCAGUAUAUAUUCACAGAAAAACUUAAACAGGAUAGGGGAUCAGAUGCAUCAUGGAAGAAUGAUCAAGAACCACCACCAGAGGCCUUAGAUUUCAGUGAUGAUGAAAAGGAAAAAGAAGCCAAACAGAGAAAAAAAUCUCAGAUUCAAGGCCGGAAAAAAUUCAGAUCUGAAUUUAAUGAACCAGGUGAAGAUUUUGCAGAAGUACAUCAGAAUUGGAAUGUUCAUAGCUCUGCUUCAGAGCCUUCAAAAGGAUAUCACAGCAGAGAAUUUACACGAGGGUUUUCCCGGGGCAGAUAUCCUCGGUCUUGUCCUGGCAGGCCCCCACCUCCGCAGUUUUAUAACUCAGAGCACAUGGUACCUCAGGAGACUUCAGGAUUUCCACCCCAGAGACAGGAUGGCCCUAUGAUGCCACAGUAUCCCUUCCCUCCUCCCGGGUUUGACAUGCAUAACUUCUCACUCCCUCCCCCUCCACCACCCCCACCACCUGCAUCUGCAAACAUGGGCUGGGCUGCCCCUGCUGUGGCGCCUCACCCGUUAAUUCCCCUACCGUACUCCCUCCCCCCACCUCCGCCCCCCCCACCUCUGCCUCCCCCCUCCUCUUCUGGAGAUAGUAAUGCUUCUCAUUUUGGUCCUUACUAUUAGGUGGAUGUAUGCAUUUCCUGAGAAAUGUGGACUUUAUAUAUAUAUAUAUACACACACACAUACACACACAUGCGUGCACAUGCGCGCGCGCACACACACACACACACACACAUAUAUAGAGGAAGGAUUUUUUUAAAAGAGAUUAUGUAGCUAGAUUUUUAAAACAUUGUAAAUUACUAAAUGGUUCCUUCAGUUGUAAGUUGAUAUAUAUUGUAACCUUUGUGAAAUUGUAUUCAUGAAAAUUUAACAUUAAACUUGGUGGGGGGAUCCAAUUAUGUGGUAUUAAAACUUUGAACACCACCUAGUUAAACAGUAUGUGUAGAUCUAAUAAUAAUAGAUCUGGAGCAACUUUCAUCAUGGAUUAAAACGUACUGAGCAUAUUGAUUAUGUUUUUGGUAUAUCUGAAAAUAAGAUGUUAAGUCCUAUUGAGAGUCUUUAAAAUAAACUAUUUUUAUAAACUUA